AUGGCCAUCAUCACCACCACGGUUGAGCACCUGAUGUGCGUGCGUGUGCGCAUAUGUCAGGCAGACGCGUUGAUCGACGCCGAGAGAGAGGAACCCAUCCACAUCCAACACCCACAUCCACGCAUGCCACGCCAUGGCGAGCUGUGCCACCUCAACCAACCCAAGUCAACCCAGGCCGAGGAAAGGAUGGAGGGAAAGCAAGGACAGAAGACGUGGGGCUCCCAAUAGAUGUGUGUGUGUGUGU